AUGAAGCUGCUGAUCAACAAGAAGACUGGGAAGCUCUGCUUUGCCGAGGCCGGCAGCGACGUUGUGGAGUUCCUGACGGCCCUACUCACCCUGCCGCUGGGCACCAUCACCAGCCUGCUGGCCAAGGAGGGCAUGGUCGGCAGCGUGGGGACACUGCUCGGCAGCGCGGAGACAUUGGGCGCCAAGUACAAUACCGAAGAGCUGCAACUGAGCCCCGCCGCCGCCCCCGCCACGCUCUCCAGCCUGCAGCUGCUGCUGGGCGUCAAGCUCAACGGCAGUAGAACACUUUACUCGUGUCUAGGAUGUGCAAAGCUCUCGGAGACCUAUGGCAGUUUCUGCCCCAGUUGCUACACCUAUAGGCAGAAGGCCAUGACCCUGGCCAGCGACGAAACAAACAGACCCGUGGUGUCCGCGCACACGUACACCGUGAAAGACGACCUCUCGGUGACGCCGGCGUCCAUGUCGAUGAUCACGCUGCUCGCCCAGUGCGGCGUCAAGGACCUCAGCGUGCUGCAGGAGAAGAUCGUCAAGAUCGGCAACGAUGAGGCGCUGGGCAUACUCGCUGCUGCCUUCAAAUCCAAAACCGUCCUGACGGAUGUCUUUAUGCCGAAGAAGAGUGCUCGCGGCAAGAGGGGAGCUCCAGAGGAAGCGGGGCCGAAGAAGAAUGGUCGAUGCAAGACUGAACCUCCUGAAGAAGUCAUUGAAAUUUGAUGAUUUAGCUGCUAGCUGUUCAGAAUUUCAGACAGGACCUUUCUGAAACUGUUACGAGAGGACGAGAAAUUGUUACAUACGAGUUG